AUGUAUAACACCACCAAUACUCCCACAGUAUUGCAGACUCACACCAUGUUGAAUCCACAAGAUCCAGCCGUGCAAAUAAUGCAUUAUAACACAUUACGAAGUAUUCAACAAUCCUAUAAUCCUGUUCCAUUAUCCACUCUCAACUCACUACCAGUCAGAUAUGUUCAAAUGGACCAAUUACUCAGAAAUCCUGCACAAGACCAAUUUGUUUCAACAAUGACGAUGGCACCUGUAGUUGGAAUGUCUAUUAAUCAACCUCAAAUGAAUAUGCAACAAAUUCCUAAAAUCCAAAUGCAACCUCAAAUUCCAACACCUGCUCAAAUACAACAAAUUACCAACACAGUUAAGAUGCAACAACAACGAUUUGAAACUCCGACACUAAAUAUGAAACAAUUGAGUUCGAUAGAUAUGUUAAAAAGUUAUCCGGAAGUCUUUAGAAGAGAUUCUUUAUCGAAUUCUGAAUUAUUAAGGUCUGCCGCCAUAUUGCCAACACAACCAUUAUCUCGAAUAUCAACGGAUGUUGAUACAUCAAGUCCAUUAUUUGACGGUGUCAUGUUAUUUGAACAAGAAAAUCGAUCGUCGAAAAAUAGAUCGUCAUCAUCAUAUCGUUGGAAAAAAGUGUCACCUGAUGUUCAUCGUCGAAGUCGUUUAUACAGUGGAAGUAGUUGUUAUGAGUCAGAUGCCUCUGAUAAUAGUAGCGAUGAUUUGCAGGUAAAUAAAUCAUAUUCAAUUGCUCUUGGAAUGUUAUUUAUCAUCUUGCUAACAAAUAUUAAUAUACAAGCGUGCAGUGAAUUGUCCGUACAGUUUCUGCAUUAG